AAUUCCCAGCGCUGUUAUUCCCCUCCCCCCCCCAGGUGCCCGGUAGGUACCACCAUGAGCGGCCUGGGGGAGGCCGGCGCGGACGCGGCCGGCGGCGAGGGGCGCAAACGGCGCGGAUCCCCCUGCGAGCACCCGCACAGCGCGGAGAAGCGGCGGCGCGAGCAGGAGCAGCGCUACCUGGCCGAGCUGGCCGAGCUGCUCUCGGCCAACCUGGGCGAGCUGGACUCGCUGGGGGCCAAGGCCGAGCACGGCAACAUCCUCAAAAAAACCGUGGACCAGAUCCAGCAGAUCACGCGCCUCGAGCACGCGCGGAGAAGCGGCGGCGCGAGCAGGAGCAGCGCUACCUGCGCGGAGAAGCGGCGGCGCGAGCAGGAGCAGCGCUACCUGGCCGAGCUGGCCGAGCUGCUCUCGGCCAACCUGGGCGAGCUGGACUCGCUGGGGGCCAAGGCCGAGCACGGCAACAUCCUCAAAAAAACCGUGGACCAGAUCCAGCAGAUCACGCGCCUCGAGCACG